UUCUGUUUUGUGCUCUGUGUCAUCACGGCCAAAGUGCCACUAAAAUCUCGACCGAUGCUUUGGCUUUUUGGCUAUAAAUACAAAUGUCUGCACGCAGCUUUGCUUAAAGCUACAUUGUUAUCCUGGUUCAGCACAUCGUACCAGCUCAGCAUAAAAAACCAAAAAAAUAGUGCAAAAUAAUAGAAAAAGAUAGAGAAAAAAAUUAGAUAAUAAUAAGUGGAUAGAAUCGUGACGCAGUUAAAAGCUUAACUCAACUACAACAACUAAUUCCGGGCAUAGUUUAUUUUUUUAUUGCCAGCAAUAAAUAUUCGCCACCAACAGCACCUGUGACCCAACCACCAACAAAACACAACAAAACAAAGGCAAAAAUAACAAGAAGGUACAGGAUGACAAGCGGCAGGAAUCAGAGCCAGGCUCUGUUGCAAGUACACAAGUUGCAAGUGCCGCUGUCGCUGCCGCUGCCGAUGUUGCUGCUGCUGUUGAUGCUGCUGCUCCUGGUGGUGCCGCCGCAGCCUUGCGAGAGUCGAUACCUGCCCACAAGGUCGCAUGGCGAUGAAUUGGAUAAGUUGCGUGAGCUGAUGCUACAGAUUUUGGAGUCAAGCAAUGAGGAUUCCCAAAACCAGCAGCAACAACAACAACCACUACAACAACAACAACGACAAAUGCGUAUGCACAACGAGGCCAACAAUCCGCUGACCGGUCAGCGUAGCUCAAAUGCCGCCUGGCUUCAGAAAUUGGGAGCAAUGGGCGCACUUGAUACGGAGGGCGGCUAUCGCCCAUACUAGAGACAACGGAACAAGCCGAACCCAUUCGUGACGACUCCAAAAUUUAAAGCAGCAAUGCAAAAUCAUUUCGAAAUGCAUAUUAAUACUAUUCCAAACUAAACUCAAGAUGGUUCCGAUUCAAGUCCACUUUUUUAAUGAUAUUAUAUCAUUUGUAACAUUUCGAAACUUUUCAAUUAUAAGUUUGAAAAUUUGGAUGCGUUUCGAAAGGAUUUUCCAUUGCUAAACGAUAUAACUCAACGGUUUUAAUGCGCUCGCAAACUGAACUCAAAGGGCUUAAAAGUUCCUAUAUUAGAACAAUAAUUUUUAACUUUUACGACUAUUCGCAAAAAAAGAAACAAAAAAAAUCAAAGAAAAAUUGAAUCAAAUUAUGAUAUACUCGUUCAUACAUGUACUUUUCUGGUUUACCUUUUAUGAUACUUGAAAUGUUUUUUUACCCUGUACUCUAAAUGAAAAUACAAAAAAGUAUUGUCAUUUUUAGAGAAGGUUUGUAACAGGCCAAUUUUUAUGCAUAGUGUAUACCCGAUCAUGUAUAUUUUUAAAUUAACGAUGAAAAAAAGAUAAAGUAGACCCGAUCUUGGGUGUACACAUAAGUGAUGGCAAUCUUUAUGAAAACUUAAAAUUUUAUUGAAAACACACGCUGAAGGAAACGAAGAAACCAUUUUUCUUCAAGCAAUGACAUUUUAUGGCUUGCAGCAUGUGUUGAAAUACUUGCCAGGGUAAUUCCUAGCUGAGUACAGGGUAUUUCGCAAAGUUCUUUCCUUGUUUUUCUUUAAUUGUAAAGUGUAUGUAUGUUAACGCGCAACGAACAAUAUACUUAGUAUUGUGGCUGGCUUUUCUGUUGCCAUGGCUGAAACAAAAAGUCAAUUGUAAAUAUUUAAACCCCGUCCCUGAAAGCAUAAAACUGGAGUUUUAAUGGGCCCCAAGGCUGGCCAAAUAAAUAUAAAUUACGAGUAUAUUACUACUUACCAACUACCACAAAUUAAAAUGCCGACGACGCUACUUCUUCUUCUUCAUCCACAACAAGUAUAAAGCAAAAGAGGAAGAGCAACAACACAAUUUGGUUUUGGCCUCCACGCAGCACAAGUUACGUCUGUUUUUCAUUUAUAUAUAACUAUAUAUGUAUAUAUAUAUAACUAUAUAUUGUACUUAUAGAUAUAUAAAUAUAUACCCAUAUAUACAAUUGGGAUUACAAUGCAGCCCCGUUUAUAUUCGCGAUACAACUACAAAUGUACAUUUAAUUGUUGUUAACUUACGUUAUCUUUAUCGUUAUUACUUAUGAUUAAAAACAAUAAAAAUCAUUUUCAAUGCAA